GUAUAAAUUGGGUAAAGGAACAAAAUAAUCUGGGAAUACAGAGCAGCAAUACAGAUUAAUGGUGCAAUUAAAAAUGGAGAAACAAGCACUGGAAUUGAGAUGUGCAGGGAAAGAAUCAAAAAGCAGGAUCAGUUUGACAACUUGGAUAAACACAUGCAAUGGGGGAUUGAAUUUGUAGAGAGAUACAACAAGUUUGUGAAGGAUAGAACAGAUAUUGAGAUCAACUAUGCAAAGCAGCUUCGGAACCUUUCAAAGAAGUAUCAGCCAAAAAAGAACUCCAGAGAAGAGGAGGAACAGAAAUUCACAUCCUGCCGAGCAUUUCAGACUCUUCUGAAUGAAAUGAAUGACUAUGCAGGCCAGCACGAAGUUAUUGCUGAGAACAUGAGUGGGCUAAUAUUUGCAGAGCUGGCACGCUAUAUCCAGGAGCUCAAGCAAGAGAGGAAAAUGCAUUUCCAAGAAGGACGAAGGGCACAGCAGCACAUAGAAAGCUGCUGGAAACAACUUGAAGCAAGCAAGCGAAGGUUUGAGAGAGAUUGUAAAGAAGCGGAGCGAGCUCAGCAACAUUUUGAGAAAAUGGAUGCUGAUCUGAACGUAACAAAGGCUGAUGUGGAGAAGGCUCGGCAGCAGGCCCUUACCCGACACCAGAUGGCAUCGGAUAGUAAAGGAGAAUAUUGCAGUAUUCUGCAGAGCUUCAAUAAGGAACAGCAUGAACAUUAUUACACAAACAUACCAAAUAUAUUCCAGAAAAUUCAAGAUCUGGAUGAGAGGAGAAUAGUUAGAAUUGGAGAUUCAAUGAAGACCUUUUCUGAGGUUGACAGACAGGUCAUUCCUAUCAUUGGAAAGUGUCUUGAUGGAAUCACGAAAGCAGCUGAAUCUAUUGAUGAAAAAAAUGACACUCAGUUAGUGAUCGAGGCUUUCAAAUCUGGAUUUGAACAGCCUGGAGAUGUUGAAUUUGAGGAUUUCAGCCAGACCAUGAAACGAACAGUUUCAGAAAGUAGUCUCUCCAGUAGCAGACCUGAUGGCAAACAGGACUCCAAGAGUGGCAAAUCCAAGGGCAAACUCUGGCCUUUCAUCAAGAAAAAUAAGCUUAUGUCCCUUUUGACAUCUCCUCAUCAGCCCCCUCCUCCUCCUCCUUCCUCUUCCACACCUUCUGCUGUUCCAAAUGGCCCUCAGUCUCCCAAGCAGCAAAAAGAGCCCCUCUCUCACCGCCUGAACGAAUUUAUGACCUCCAAACCUAAAAUCCACUGUUUCAGGAGCCUAAAGCGGGGGACUCGCUCUUUCUAUUUUCACAAAGAACUGAUGAAGAGGACAUUAGGGAAACCUACUUAUGCAUAUGAGGCGAGGGAAUUUGUUCUUUCUCUCAAACUGGGCUCAGGACCAGAAGACUUCAGUCAUCUGCCACCAGAACAACGGAGAAAGAAACUUCAGCAGAAAAUUGAUGAGAUUAACAAAGAAAUCCAGAAAGAAUCUGAUCAAAGAGAUGCUUUAACAAAAAUGAAGGAUGUCUACAUUAAGAACCCUCAGAUGGGUGACCCCAAUAGUGUGGAUCCCAGGCUUGCUGAAAUUGGACAGACGAUUGAGAAAUUGCGACAAGAGAGUCAGAAAUUUGAGGCAUGGCUUGCAGAGGUAGAAGGUCGUUUACCAGCUAAAACUGAUCAAGGACGGCGGCAGAGUGAAAUGUAUGAGUUGCAGAGCAGUGCUGUCAAUAACUGUGCACAAGACAGAGAGAGCAGUCCUGAUGGUAGUUAUACCGAAGAACAGAGCCAGGACCCUCAGUUAAAAGUUGCUGCACAGAAUGAAUUUGAUGAUGAGUUUGAUGAUGAAGAAGUACUGGCAUCAAUUGGCACAUGCAAGGCUAUGUAUCCUUUUGAAGGCCAGAAUGAAGGAACUAUAACAAUCGCAGAGGGAGAAACAUUGAGUGUGAUCGAGGAGGAUAAAGGAGACGGCUGGACAAGAGUCCGACGAAAUGAAGAUGAGGAAGGAUAUGUUCCAACGUCUUAUGUGGAAGUCUAUUUGGACAAAAGUGUCAAAGGUACCUAAGGUGGUGUGCUGGUCCAUGAAUCACGGGGCGAGCUGGUAUGCAAGGACACGUUCUUCUGCUUAACAAUAUUAAAAAUGGAAGACUAGCUAGAUUAUUUGCCUGGUUUAGUUUUUAAUAAUCAAAAGCAAAACCAGAGAGAAAAAAAAAUUAUAUGAUCAUAAGGUGCAAGUGCUUGCUAUUAUUUUAUGGCAUGCCAUCUAUUGCUCUAAUUAACCUGGAUACUCUUUAAAUGUCAAAAAAAAGCAAUUUUCUGAUGCAUGCCACUGUUUAAAUUUUUGCCCAGUUAAAAAAAAGACAUUAAAUUUUGAAAUCUACUUAACAGAAUACAUGUACUUCAUUACCGCAGCAAUAACUGAUGGGUAGCUGAUGUUCAUGAAUUCUUUAUUAGAGCCAAGCUAAAGGUAUUUCUUGGUUGGAGAUGAAUAGUAAAAUUAAAUAAAUUGACAAUUUGAAUUUAUUUUGUUCUAUAUAACAGGUUAAGGGAUCAUCUAGAAUUGCCACAGAUCUUUACAGUGUUCAUAGAAGUUAUUUCACCUGAAUGCUAGUGCUAUCAAAGUUUUAAUUCUGUUAAUUCAUGCUUGGCUUGAGAAGCCUUGAGUGUUCCUUUCAUGCAUCACCUUUGAUUACUGCACAUACUCACAUUGGAAACCUCCCUAUAUAGUUCAUCUUCCCAAAAGAUGAAACUGCAUGAAGUGAUUGGAAGCUGUAAUAAAAAAUUAUAACUAAACAUUAACUAAAGUGCAGCUAAUUUUUAUUCAUCCUCACCUCUGCUGAGUUUGUAAAUAAGUUUAGUAUUUGAAUUUUUUCUACCUCUUCUGAACUUCCAAACAUCUCCAGUCAAGGUAACCUGGUACAAUUGGAGCAGAUUCCUAAAGUUACUUAUAUCCAUUAAUAUGCAAAAAAGACACCAGAAGGUUAGAGUCCUAUUUCCUUGUAAGCAUUUAGCCAAGUAGAAACACUGUAACAUUUUUUUGUAACUACUACCUUCAAGUAUGAAUUUGGUUGUUCUAAUUGUCAAAAUAUGUAGAAAUUGGAAUAACAGAAUUCAGCUAGCCAAGUGCAUUUAUGGUCAUGCAGUACAUGUAUCUGGCAUAUGGUAGAUUUCCUUGUUACCAUCACAUCAUUAUUAUCAUUUUGGUUGUAGCACUGCCCAACAUCAAACAUCAAACUUCAAUCCAUCUUUUCUAGUCUGCAUGCUCGCCCUGAUGCUCUACCUGUGCCCACCUUAAUGAAAGUCACUGUCUGUGACUCAACACAUCUUUCUGCAUUGUUAUUUUGUUGGCUUUAUGAAGUAGAAUUGCUGGUCAUGUGACACUUUAUUUUCUUGCAUGUUCACCUGUGUAUCUGUUGGAGUUUCCGCUGAACAGUAGCUGCACUCCCUAAAGCUGCCUACAAACCACUGCUAAACUAUUGGGUUUUCAGCUGUUUGUAAUUACUUCUCCACUUAAAAUCAUCAGAGUGAAAAUGUGAAGAAAUAGUUUACAUUAACAGUGCACAUAGAGCCAGGAAUGAGAGAUCCAGGGAAGCAUCUUCCACUUGGUUUGCAUUUCUGCAAGGAAUUUUAUUUUAAUUUUGCCCACUGUUCUAGAUUAUUCAUGAAUGUUUCUUUUCCCCCCCAAGGACUGCUGUUUCAAUGGUUGUACACUGUACCUUAAGUUAAAGGGACAGCACUGAAUCCCAGUUCCAUUAUUAUCUUACAGAAAACAAAGUUGAAUUGAUAAUAAAGGAUAUGGGAGAAAGGGCAUUGUGGUGGACCACUAGUCUCAAACUUGUAUUAUUCCAUGUGAGGUCAGAUAGGCAGCCUGCAUUCAAAUAUAUGCUAAUUGUUUUCCGCAACCAAACACCAAGAGCUAUACUAGAACUUUGUUCUCACCUUCUGUAGAGAUGUCCCUUACCAAUUAUCAUCCUCUUGGGGAAUGAUUGAGAUUAGAAACGCACAUGUGGGAGGUUGAAUGUGUGCCUUGUUCUUUCUGGCAGGGCUGUAUUGAUUGAUAUUAAACUAUAUUUUUAAAAAAUCCUCACAUUGUGGAAAGUAAUUCCCUGCAGAUACCAGUGGCAAACGUUGUUUGGGUUAAAUUAACAAACAGGACACAAUGCCUGGCACCGGUCACCUUGUUGACCCUUUUACCAUAGUUAGAUGACAAAGGAUGGCUAAAAUUAUUCAGACUUCUUUGAUAUUUAUAAUCACUCUCAUUGAUGAUUAGAAGUACAGUGAAAAGCUGUUUUUAAGGUGCAGGUUUUACCAAAAUGUUGAUUCUGAAUUUCCAGAACUAGAAAUUCAUUAAUUAUGUAAUUUAUUCUAUCAAGACCAAUUAUGCUGCCGAGAAAGCUACUCUCAUUUAUAGUUCUAAGUUAAUUUUUUUAAAAUCUAAAAUACAUUUUCACAAUAGAGAGCAUUUUUAUAAAAUUCAGCUGAAACCCUGUGUUUUAUAUCAGUAUUAUAAAUACAACAGUUGCAAAAAAAAAUCAAAUACCUCAUUGAUUUCUUUAAAAGACAGAAAUCCAACUUGGGUUUUCAUUACACAAACUUCUAUCUUAUUCCUUCCAAAUGUGUAUUUUUUUCUUUAGUUAAUCUACAAUCAUCAGGGUUUAUUGUUUCUUUGAGUUUUAUUGAAAUGCAUUUUUGAAGAAUUUCGUCUUGAUGGCUAACUGCACUUAACUAGUGCAGCCAUAGUAUAAGGGUGAGGUGGAGAAGCUGGAGUCUCAGUGUCCCAGAGUAUAAGACUGUUGAGGCUUGUUAAAGAAUACCCAGGAGAAGCCAAAACUGUAAAUUUAGAACACCCAAAUGUAUUUAAUAUGAUAAUUAUAGUUUAAUUGUUAUCACAGAAAAAGUGAAUAGAAUGUUAAAUUGAUUUUGGAUCAUUUGGAUACAGUGUUUCAUAGAGUUUUUCAGAAUUUACCUCUCCAGAUUUCUUUUCCCAUGGAAGAACUCUUAUUUUGUUUAAAGGGCUAGAAAGUGAAAUUUAAAACAAUGUUGUUGCUUCUGAUAUUACCCUUUCAAAAUGUAUUGUAGGUCAUUGCAUAUGGCCAAGUGUCAUCCAUAUGAUAAGACAAAGGUUGUGUGGAUAAGCUGUCUCUGUAUUUCCUUACAAUUGUCCCAAUAGAUACUAUAUUCCAAUUUUUCCACCCAUUCCUGUGGGAAACAUAAUUAACUUCAUUCUAAUAGUGUAACAGAAAUAAGAACCAAUUGUAAAAAUCUAAAGCCAGCUGUUGGGUGGAACCAAUGACUUGGGACAGUGAGAGGGUCCUCUCUCAUUCUGCGAAUUUCCUGGCAUUUACCCAGGAAUCCCUGUCCUCCACUUUUUCCCUUUUCAGUUUUUGUUUUAUACACAGAUAAUUACAGUGCAAUAUGUUGUUAGCUCACUCCUUGGAUGACUUUUAUUUCCUAGCUUUAACAAUGAUAUUAGAUUAUUGUUUAUUUUUCCCUUGCUAUUUACUGCAGGGACUUUAAUUAUUUAACUCUUAAUAGCAAUAAUGUAGUGUUUCCUAAGCCUUAUGUUUAGAGAAAUUAGGAUAUCGUCAUUAGUUAGGGUAGGUAAGGAAUAUGGAAGUUGUGGAUUAUUGGAGAUGGAAAGUCUCAGCGUGAUGGAGUUUGGCAGUAGAAGAAUGUUUUAAAAAAAGUAAUUUAACUUCUGUAAAACUAAGCUGACCAGAUGAAAAUGGCUAAUAGUUUUCCCUGAUGGGGAUCCCAGGGAUAGCUUGAUUCAUUUUGCUAUUUAUUAGUUCUGCCUUGACAUUGGAAGAUGAAAAAGAACAUUAAACAAAUUGGUUGCACAUGUAGAAUGGAUCCAUAGCAGUCAGGUAUGAAAUGCAUUGAAUAAAGAAGGAACUAAGUAAAUAUAGUUGGCAGUUCCUAGCACAAUGUUGAAUAGUAGUUUUACGGUGUACAGUGGUCAGAAAUGAAAAAUGUACCCAAAGCCUGGCAAUGACGGUGGUUGGAAUGAAAAGAGGAACUGUAAAUCCUAAUGAACUUAAUAAAGAAAUAAUGCACAUGAAGGGACCAAGAAAGAAACUAUCUAAAUGUUUUCCUUUACAUUAUGGUCACUCUUUGCAACUAUUGUUUAAAGAAAAAGCUGCGAUGGUGUUUUUUUUUAUUUCUCUGUUUCUGGAUGAGUUCAGUCCUCUCCAUAUGCUGUGAUUUUUGCUUUUUGGUUUUGGCUUUGCCUGUCCCAGACAUGUGCAAGGGUGCAUGGACUAAUUUUAACAAUAAUUUUAAAAUUAAUACAUCAUUAAUUUAUUAACAAAAGUUCAGUUCAAGUGCCAUUGCUAAUGACAUUUUCUGUAGAUUUGUUUAUAGAGUUGAAGAUAUCCUGCUAAUGUAUUGUUCUGGUGUAUUUGGGAGUUUUGUAAAUGAGCUUUCCUGAAUCACCUGAGGGCUUUAUUUGAAGGUGAGAGUAAUUGGGGAGGAAGCAGGUUUGCAGGAGCACAUCAGUUUUACGCACUAUUUUGUUGGAGUGGAGUAAGAUGUUGGAUUUCCUUCAGACCUGCUGUGCUGUUACAUAUUAGAGAAGUAGAUUCAGAAAUCUUCUGAACCAAUUCAAAUUCAUUAUUGAAAAUUAAACUGUUAUACAGUCAGUGCAUCAUGGAAAUGGACCUGGUCUAACUGGCAUAGUACGCUGUCGGACAGGAGAGCCAAAACUGAAAAGGAAGUAAAAGCACUUUGCUUUAGUAUGUUUUUAAUUCAUUGUGUAUGGCUUUUCAUUGUGCAUUGUAGACUUGUCGAAUAUUAUUUCUACCCCACAACCUACAGAUCUAUACUUGCCAGCUUUCCUAAGCAAAUAGAGUCCUAAUCCAGCAGUGUUUGCACAUCACUGUUAUAUAUUUCAAUUUUUUUAAAUAACUAUACAAAUAAAUAUAUACCCUGCAAUUGAGAUAUAGUGCACAAUUAUGCUGCAUUUUGAAAGAUUCAUAUAGUCAUGCAUAAUUUUAAAAUAAAUUUUCACUCUCAGGUGGCUGCGAUAUAAUUUAGUUACAGCACAGGUGAUGGUUCAAUGAAGAGUCAGUCCUUAUUUUGCCUUUGUAACUGCAACUGGAUGUUUAAAAUGAUGUUUGUAGAAAUUGGCAUUUAGAAUGCUUGCAGUUAGUUUGAGGAGAUAGAAGAUUUUAAUUUUGAAAAGAUGUUUACAUUUUUAAGUUACUGUAGAUGCUGUUAAAAAUGUUGGUACUUCACCUGCCUGCUCUCUUACAUAGCUUAGACCUAUUCCCAUAAUGUAGAAAAAUGAAAGCAUUCUGCAGGGAGUUUGUUCUGGUACAAGUGUAGUUAAUUUAGUUUCAAAGAGCUGAAUAUGCCCAAUUUAUACAUUAAGGAAAAAUAGUUAAGUCAACUUCAGAUAGUCUUUCAACAACCCAAAGCUACUUGCUCUAUUUGCUUUUGCUAAGUUAGUUUGUUCUCCCUCUUCUGCAGCUUACUUUUAUGAUAAGCUAAUUGUGUGUUUUUUGCUUUGCUGGGUUUGGUUACUUCUGCCACCCACUAUCAGUUUAUUGAACUCUCUUCCACUGGUUUCUCAGCACUUUGCAUAAAAAAAAAUGACUCUUUUAAUGUGGAAUAUUUUUUCCUUUCAUUGCCUUUAUAAAGAUGUUUUAUCCAAGGAUUAAAGAUAACUCGGAUCUCUUUAAUCAUCUUGCUGGUUUUACUUGUAUUGCACACUCUAUAUGAUAAACAUAUGCUAGAACUUUUUAUAGACUGUGGUUACUAAUGUAUUUAUUUGUAAUUAAUGCACAAAAAGUGAGAACUUAUUAGCACUGUACAAUACAUAUCAUUUAUAGAAAUUUCUUAAUUGGUUUUGUUUCCUAUUUUAAGAAAGAUUUUUAUAUACAAAGUUUAAGUGUUCAUCUUUGAAUGGCAAAUUUACUUGUUGAUUUCUUAUAUCACUUUCUGUAUCAUGUCAGAAGUUAUGUCUCCCCAAGACAAAAGUUGAGAGUGAGCUGCAAGAAAUCCAGUGCUAAUCCAGAAUCCUGUUUGUAACCACUCAAUUAACUCAAGUUCACAAAGGAAGUUAGCAUUGCAUUCAAAAAACAAAAUACUAUAAACAUUAAUAUGUACAUAGAUAAGUAAGCAACCAGGCACAUUAUAACAUUGAAAGCAUAAUACACAUUCAACUGCGUAACUAAAUACAAUUAUCACCCUUGAUUAAAUGAUUCACCAGAAAAGGACAAAAAGCCUUUCGUUCCAAAAUAAUUAACCCCUCCCCCACCCCCUGAUUGAGGAUAAAUGAUCUCUAUUGAUCUUAUAAUAACUCAGGAAAGAUGGCAAGUAUUGAGAAUUGAAUCUAAUGUCUGUCAGCUCAUGUUUACAGAGAAGCUGCUUUUCACAAGCUGCCACAAAAUUGUCUUUUUUUUUAGAAUGCACUAUAAAACCAGCAGUUAUCCAGCCUCCUGUCCUUGUUUUUAGGGGGUAUUUGAAAUCUUAGUUUUCCAUUUAAGGAAGUUUAAUUAUGGUUAAUUGAUAAUGAAUGGGAUUUUCUAAUGUAAAUCUCAAUGGACAGUGUGCUGUUAUAAACCAAGUUUUCCUUGUAAUAUUCUUAAACUGUGAUGGUAUUUGAGGAGCCUAAGAAGUAGAAUGUUGUAGAUAUGACUGCUAUUAUUUUGCUGAUGAGUUCAAGGAGCUUUUGUUGAUAGAUUAAGCUGGUAUCAGAAGUCAAUUGUUCUACUUCCUCACAGCAGCAUCAUGGCAACAUCAUGAAUCAUUUUGCUUUUUGCCUUCAAAUUCUUGUAUGCCAUAUAAUAUGAGCCAGAUAUAGGAAUGUUACAAUUAGCAGUUUACUGAGUUUCAUUCCCUUUCAUUGUGUGAAUAUUUUGGAGCAAAAUAUUAACCAUUUUUUAAAAUGAAAAAAAGCCAUCUGAAAAAGUUGUUUCUGCUUUUGUUAAUUGAAGGUUACAAAUGUUGUUUGUUGCUUAGACAUGAAAAUUGUAUUUGCUGUUUUUAUAUAGUGUAACUUUCUUCUUUGCCACCUUUGACCUCCAGAAAUAGCCAAUUAAACCCUAAAUGUUUUUUUAAUUUUAUAUAUAAUUAUAUCGACAAAAUAUUAUAAUUGUGCACUUUUGUUAUGCCUUGUUUCUGAGCACUGAGUUAAUUUUGUUUCUUAGAAGAUUAUUUUACCCUGUAAAAUGUGCCAAUAUGGAAGUUCCAGUUUAUGCAAUUUAAUGCUGUGCUGUUUUAGUGGAUAUUGUCAAAGCCCUCUCCCCAACCUACCCUUUACACAAUCCAUAUGUAAACUAUAUUAUAGGAAUCAGAUUAAAAGUUAACACACAAAUGUUGGAAAUCUGAAAUAAAAUCAGAAGAUGCUGAUUUGUUUCUGAGUGAGACAGAUGGGCAAAUAUUUAAGCAAAACUGGUUGUCCUUUGAUAAUGUGAUUUUUUUUUCAGGAAAACUUAUUACAGAUAUUCCUCAAACCUUAUGAAGGAAAAAAGUAAGAUAAAAAUGGGGUAGGUGUGUGGGGGUGGAAUUAUUUGUACUGCAGUCCAAAUUUAGCUUGAAUUGAGCAUUUGCUUACAGUGAAUUUAUUUCUUGUAUGAGAGAAAUGGACUUGUAUAAUGUUUUACCAAGCCCAAUUUAAAAUUUGUUCACAUUGGCCUAAAGGAAAUACAUCCAUGGUCAUUUGCAUGCAAUGUGGAGUAGUGAGGGCAGAUUCCUUUUUGUCUCAUUGUAUAAAUUUAACAUUUCUUUUUAUAUUACUGAGCUGAGGAAAAAACGUCCUGUUUAAAGGGGCCCAAAGACUGGUAAUGCUGAAGUCAUUGAACUUCACUACCUAAGGUGCAGAGUGAGUUACAGUGUGAGUAAAGCUUGAUAACAUUCCAAAUACAAUGGAGCACCUGUAAACUUGAAUUUUAUUUUAGUAAAAUUGCAUUGAAAAAGAUUACCAUAUAUUUUUAAGAUAAGCAAAUUGGUAGAAAAAAUGUUUUUGAAAAGAAUUCAAAAUUUAUGCCAACUCUGGACAGAUAUUAACAGGACUCCACAUUCUCACUGGAAUUCUUAAAGAAUCAGAAUUGUAGUGAUUUUUGGAGAUGAAUGAGGAGUUAGUGUGCCAACUUAUGAGACUUCAGCCUGUUAAAGCACUCAUGUUUGCAAUAGGAAGGAACUGAAAAAAAUGUUUAUAAGAAUGGGGCCAGUACACCAAUAAAACAGUUGUAGAUAUAUAUUUUUUGCAUAAGAAUACUGUAUUUGAAAUGUUAACAGUUUUAUAAAACGCUGUCUCUCUGUUGUCACCUGUCUGCUUCUGAAAUGAGCAUCUAGAAAUUUCUAAAUGUCAAUUUGAUAACUAAUCUUUAAAAACAAAAGCAAAACAUUGAUUUUUUUUUCCUGCAAAUUUCUGGAUUUUAAGAUCAGAAGAUGUUAAUGUUUGUCAAUGAUUGUCCUCAUCAUCAAAGAAAUCAUGGGAGCCAAAGCCAUCAUGUUGAUAUCAUUAUCUGGCUUUGGAUUUGGUAAAAAGUGGCAGCCCUCUGAACUUGUGACUGCAGAUAUCAUGAAUGAAAUUUAUGAGGUAUGCAGUUUACUUUAAAAUCUCAUCAAUGCUAUCUAGCGAUCAACAUGAGCAUAUGGAACCAAACCAAAGUGACAAUGGAAGAUCAAAGUGCAUAUUAGCAUCUGGAAGGUUGGAACAAAACUGAAUAAUAAGGCGUCAGCAAUUAUUCAUGGGGGGGGAAUGUAAAAUAUAAAAAAGUAGAUAUUUCAUUCUGUGAUAGCAGAAAGCUUGCAUUUCAGCUUGUGAUUUAACAAAAUGUUCUUUUCUUAUUCAUUGAGUUUGCCAAAUGUGAAAUCAACGUCUUUAAUUUCCCUUUCUAAAGGUUUAAAUGAACAAAUUCUGGCUUGAAAUAAAUUGAAAGUUUAAUUAAACAGCUUCUUUGAACAUGUAAA